GAAGUAAGUGUUCCAUCCUGGUCCCUGCAAAUCCCCGGAUGACAAAGAGGAAGUAAGUGUUCCAUCCUGGUCCCUGCAAGUCCCCGGAUGACAAAGAGGAAGUAAGUGUUCCAUCCUGGUCCCUGCAAGUCCCCGGAUGAGAAGGAGGAAGUAAGUGUUCCAUCCUGGUCCCUGCAAGUCCCCGGACCACAAACAGGAAGCGAGGGAUGAGCGCCGCCGAGGAGGAGCGUGAUGGCGACACGCUGGAAGCGGUGGAGUCGGUCACACUGACGCAAGACAACCAUGACAACGUCGCAUUACACGCCCCCCCUAAGGAUGAGGACUGUGAGCCCUUUGCCAAAAAAGUGCGUGGCGCCCCAGAGGACUCCGACUCGUCCUUUUCCGUGGUGGCGGUGCCCAUGGCCGACGACCAGGAGCGCUUUGAGGUCACCAUGACAACCACGGCAGAGGGCGGCCUCUCUCAGGAGGGCGUGGCUCACAUUCAGGUAGGCCACGCCCCCGGAGACUCGCGGGUCACAGUGGAGUCACAGGCGUGUGCGCAGGUCCUGCGCGAGGAGGCGGAGCUGGCGGCCAACGAGAAGGCGGAGGUGUCGGCCGUCAGCCAGGCGUGGUUCACCACCAAAGAAGACAAAGACUCGCUGGCCCACAAAGGUCACAAGUGGAAACAAGGGAUGUGGUCCAAAGAGGAGAUCGACGUUCUCAUCACUAACAUCAAGCAGUACGUCAAGUCGCGAGGCAUGGAUGACCCGGCCGAGAUCAUCUUCGAGAUGUCCAAAGAAGAGAGGAAAGAUUUCUACCGCUCGGUGGCGCUGGGACUGAACAGGCCGCUCUUCGCCGUCUACAGACGAGUUCUACGGAUGUACGACAACCGCAACCACGUUGGCAAGUACACCCCAGGAGAGAUUGAGAAGUUAAAAACGCUGAGAGAUCGCCAUGGCAACGACUGGGCCGCCAUCGGCGCUGUGCUGGGCCGCAGCGCCUCCUCCGUCAAGGACCGCUGUCGCCUGAUGAAGGACACGUGCAACACGGGGAAGUGGAGCGAGGAGGAGGAGCGCCGUCUGGCCGAGGUGGUGUACGAGAUGGCGGGCGCCUCUCUGGGGUCGGCGGUCACGAGGGGUGUGUCCUGGGCCUCGGUGGCCAAUCAGGUGGGCACACGCUCGGAGAAACAGUGUCGCUCCAAAUGGCUCAACUACCUCAACUGGAAGCACAGCGGCGGCACCGAGUGGACCAAAGACGACGACCUCAACCUCACGCGAAGGAUUUUAGAGUUGGAAGUGGAAGAUGAAAAUGAAAUCCAGUGGGAGGAGCUUGCUGGCGGGUGGAGCAGCGUGCGCUCGCCGCAGUGGCUGCGAUCUAAAUGGUGGAGCAUCAAGAGACAAAUAGCCAAUCACAAGAAGAUCCCCUUCAGUGUCUUACUCAAGGCCCUCCACGAGGUCAUGGCGUCCUCACAGGCGGCAAGCGGCUCAUGCAGCCCCUCCCUCCAGAUACGACUCAGCCGAUUGGAGGAGAGCGGCGCAGGCCCCGCCCCCGGUUCCGUGGCGGCGUUGCAGAUCCCCGUGCAGAUCCCGCUCCAGAUCACGCACCUGGACCCUACGGCGGCAGGCGGCGACGGCGACGCCAUCACACUCAGCGGCGCAGCUCUGCAGGCCUUUGAGAUCUUGCCGUCCUUCCAGCUGCAGCCCACCAGCACGCCGGGCACAUACGUCCUGCAGACAACAUCCAAUCAGGGUCUGCCCAUCAGCUUAGCCAAUAGCGGCACCGUUACCUUGACGACGGGCUCCUCCUCAGCAUCCCACGAGCACAUCAUCCUCCACAGCCUGGCGGCCAACAGCCUCUGCUCCAGCGACGGCGUCAUCAUCCAGACUCUCACCUCCGACUCCUCCCCCACGGACCCUGAGCUGGUCGUAGAGACCGAGGGGCGGAGUCAGGAUGCUUCCAAUAUUCUGGAAGGUUCGGAAAAAGUGGCGGGAAGUGAGGAGCCAAUGACGAAGGAGAUGACCGCCUCACCGCCGCAUCCCGAGAUAGCGAGCGACGGCGCCGUCCUGAUGGUGUCCUCUCCCAACAUCAGCAGCACGCUGACAGAUCCCAUCUUGGAGAACCAGGAAGGUUCCGAUUAGAACUUUUUCAUCUUCAAAAGGACACGUUACGUCGAAUGCGCCAAACAAGAAGAGCGGACUCAGUUGCAUGUAUUUAUUCCGUAAAAUAGUCAAAUAAAAAAAGGAAACUGACAAUCCUAA